AUAUACUGCAUCAAAUAUUUAUUUAAAAUAAAUAAAUAAUUUCAUACUAAUAAAACAAACCCCAUUAACACCCUUAGUCCCCUAACCUUCACCAUCCUUUGCUACUGUCACAUUAAUUCCUCACAUUAAUUCCUCUCCGGCCCUCUUCGUCUUCAAAUUUCAUCCUCUCCAUUUCUCCUUAAUAAAUAAAUAAAUAAAUAAAAAUACAUGACUUGCUAUUGAUCUUCUCCUCUUCUCUCCUUUUCUCCAAUCACUAACAUGACUCUCCAAACUCCACCACCACCUUCUCUUCCCCUUCCUCUCUCCAUCCCCCUCCCACCACUACCAACACUACCUUUCUUCCCACCACCUUCACCACCACCACCACCACCUCCACCAACUUACAUCAAAUUUGAAAACAAAAUAAGCCCAAGUAUCCUUCUCAUCAUAGUAAUCCUAACAAUCAUCUUCUUCAUCUCAGGUCUUCUCCAUCUUCUCAUCAGAUUCAUACUUAAACCCAUCAACAGAGAAGCAGAAGAUCACUUAGACAAUAAUGUGACAGUCCUCCAAGGCCAACUCCAACAGCUUUUCCAUUUGCAUGAUUCUGGUGUAGACCAGUCCUGCAUAGACACUCUCCCCAUCUUCCUCUACAAAGCUAUCAUUGGCUUGAAAGACCCUUUUGACUGUGCUGUGUGUUUGUGUGAGUUUGAGCCUGAUGACAAGCUUAGACUUCUCCCCAUGUGCAGCCAUGCUUUCCAUCUUGGUUGCAUAGACACAUGGCUCUUGUCCCACUCCACCUGCCCACUUUGCAGGACUAGUCUUCUUCUCCCUCAUCAUGAUCACUGCUUAGUUUCCCCAGCUUGUUGCAUUCCCAUGGUUCUUGUUUUAGAGUCUGGGAAUGUGAGUUCUAGAGAGAUUUGUAGUUCAGAUCAAGUGCUUGCUGAACAUGAUGGUCAUGGUCAUGAUCUUGAACAUGAUGAUCAAAGCAUGCAGAUUGUUCAAGUUCUUGAUGAUGUUUUGGAGGAGAAGCUGAUGGUGCCUGUCAAGCUUGGAAAGUUUAGAAGUACCACAAGUACUACCACUACUGCUCAUGAUCAAGUUCAUGAAGGUACAAGCUCUGACCAAAAGAUAGAUCAAAGGAGAUGUUUCUCAAUGGGUUCCUGUGAGUAUGUUAUGGAUCAUAGGUCUUUACUUCAAGUGGCCAUUAAACCAAGUUCUAAUAAGAAGAAGAUCAUGAGUGGCCGGUUUCAUUCAUCAAGGAGCUUUGAAUCUAGUGAUCAUCAUCAUAAUCAUCGUGCAAUUGGGAAUGUUUUGCAGAAGGAAAGCUUCUCCUUCUCAAAGAUUUGGCUUAAAGAGAAGCACAAGGAGAGUAGUUCAGUGCUUUCUAGGUCUGAAGAAGCUCCAUCUUUUGCAAGAAGAACACUUCUUUGGCUUGUUGGAAAACAGGAGAACAAGAUGGUCAACCAAGUUUGAUAUAUAUAUAUAUAUAUAUAUAUUUGAGCUGGUUUGAUCAUAUAUCUUGUUAAAAGUGUUCUUUGUGUUAUAUGUGUUCAUGAUUUUUUUUUAUAUAUAAUAUAUACUGUAUUUUUUUUUUUU